GCAUAAUCUAUAGACCUCAAUUUAAAGGGUGUCUCCAGUUGCUCCAAAUCACAAUUAAAAGCUACACAUGUGAGUGUAGAAGUAUCUGAGAUAACAACUGCAUUGAAGAAAUGUACGGCUUUAUUAAUACUUGUUUGAAGUCACUGGUCAUUGAAAAGUUCGGAGACGAAGCAUGGGAGAAAUUGAGCUUAAUGGCUGGAGUCCAGGACACGUUUAUGACCUAUGAAAUUUAUGACGACGCCAUCACUCUUCGCUUAGUGCAAGAGGCUUGUAAAAUGCUAGAUGUGUCGUCUGAGGUGGUUUUGAAGCUGUUUGGAGAGCACUUCUUCAGCUUUUGUAAGAUGUCGGGAUAUGACACUAUGUUGCGUACGCUUGGUGGAAACCUGGUGGAAUUCAUUGAAAAUCUUGAUGCUCUGCACAGUUAUCUGGCAUUAUCUUACGAGGCAAUGAACGCACCAUCCUUUCGUGUGGAACGGAUGAAUGAUGGCCGAAUUCUCCUUCACUAUUAUUCAGACAGAAAGGGCCUCUACCAUAUUGUGCCAGGCAUUAUCGAGGCUGUGGCAAAGGAUUUUUUUGACAGCGAGGUGACCAUGACAAUCCUGAACCAGUCAGAAGAAGAUGAGCGCACCGGAAAGAAGGAACAUGUGGUUUUCCACAUGCUGCAGAAGGACAAGGUGUCCAGAAGAAAAGCCCAGACGAUGCAGAAAGAUGAGGAAACUGGGGUUGACAGGAAGGACAAGCAGGAGGCAGUGAAGAAAAUGAAGGACAGGUAUGCCAACCUGCAGUUGUGUCCAAGGAAAAGAUCUCCAUGGGAGAUAGUGAGGAGCAUUGUCAUGCUGGGCCAAGGCAAUCUGAGAACCUCAUUCACCCCCAGCUACCCUAACAAACUGUGGAUUGAAGAGCGAGCCUUCUGUAAUGCCUUUCCAUUUCACAUUGUUUUCGACCAAGAUCUGGUGGUAAAGCACACAGGUGUGAACAUUCAGAAGUUUGUUCCCGGACUGCAGACAGCAGGUAUUCGCCUGGAUGAAUACUUCACCAUCGUCCACCCAGAAGUCAUCUUUAACAUCCAGAGCAUCAAGAAGUUUAUCAACAGUCAGUUUGUGCUAAAGACCAGGAGGGAAAUGUUACCAGAGGUCCUACAAAACCAGUCGACGCUCAAACUGCGUGGACAGAUGAUGUGGAUGGAGUCACUGAACUGCAUGAUCUAUCUGUGCUCCCCUAAACUACGAAGCCUCCAAGAACUGGAGGAGAGGGGUCUUCACUUGGCCGACAUCGCCCAGCACGACACCACACGAGACCUGAUACUGCUCAACCAGCAGAGGCUGGCCGAGAUCGAGCUCUCAAAUCAGCUGGAAAGGAAAAAAGAGGAGCUGAGAAUCCUCUCACGCAACUUAGAGAUCGAAAAGCAGAAGUCAGAAAAACUUCUUUAUGCUAUGCUGCCAACACAUGUCGCCAACAAGCUUAAAGAGGGGAAAAGGGUAGAGGCAGGUGAGUUUAAAGUGUGCACCAUCCUCUUCAGCGAUGUGGUCACGUUCACAAACAUCUGCGCAGCCUGUGAACCCAUUCAGAUAGUCAACAUGCUGAACGCCAUGUACUCCAGAUUUGAUCGCCUUACAAGCGUUCAUGGCGUUUAUAAGGUGGAGACGAUAGGUGACGCUUACAUGGUGGUUGGUGGCGUGCCCGUUCCUACAGACACGCACGCAGAACGGGUGGCAAACUUUGCCCUCGGCAUGAGAAUCGCUGCGAGGGAAGUGACCAGCCCCAUCACAGGACAGCCGAUACAGAUCAGAGUGGGACUUCACACUGGUUCGGUGUUGGCCGGUGUGGUGGGUGAGAAGAUGCCACGCUACUGCUUGUUCGGAGACACGGUUAACACAGCAUCCCGAAUGGAGAGCCAUGGAGUCCCAGACCAUAUACACCUGAGUCCUUUUACUUACAGUGUGUUAAAGAACAAGCACUAUGAGAUCAGUGAGAGGGGUGAGAUUGAGGUGAAAGGCAAAGGCCUGAUGAACACAUAUUUCCUACUUAAGAAUCUGCAAAUGACUGAUGAGCAGAUCAUAGGUCUGGUCGAUGGAGAGACGUGCGUAUACCAGGAUGACCCAGAAGAUGUGACGGAUGACACGAAGGAGGAGACCCCCGAGGAGACACGUGAUAACGCUGAAGAGGGAGAAGUGGUUGUAAAUGGGGAAAAUAACACCUCGGCCCCAUCCCUUCGUCCAGACAACCUCACUCCAAAUCAGUUAAUUCAGUUUGACAUCACACCUGCAUACGACCUGGAACACCUACCAAAUGGGCUUCAUUCAGAGAAUCUCAACACUAAAUUUUGCUCUAUUCUUUAGAAAGACAUUUGUACGAUGUU